GCGGAAGUAUCCCAUGUGUUGUUUCAUCUCAUUCAUACUAAUGUAGCAUCAUGUAUUAAUCAGUCUUGUGUGUGAAAUAUAUUAAAAUAUAUUUGUGUGAAAAAUAUUAAAAUAUGCUCCGCAAGAGGACCAACGUACGAGAAGAUGGCGACGGUGUCAAAUCUGACAGAAAAAAGACACAGACAGCACAGGACACUAGUGUUACUGUGCCUCAAAGGAGCUGCUGGUCUGUUGUGUCCUUCUGGAUGAAGAUUCUGCUCUUCCUCAUCUUCACUCCAGCUUUCCUAAACUAUGCCUCCCUACAGAGAGAAGGACAGGUGCUGUCAGAGACAGGCGCUCAGUUAAUAGAUAUUGGUCUGGGCCAAAAGAUCCACAUGCUGUGCAAAGGACAUGGACAACCAGUUGUGGUUCUUGAUGCUCCAGCAGGGAUGUCUUCAGAUGUUUGGUACUAUGUUCAGGAGAGUUUGUCAUUAACAACAAAGGUGUGCACCUAUGACAGAGUUGGUCUUGGUUUUAGCCGAAGAACCCUGGAGAAUGAAACCACAGGCACGGAGAAAGUCUGGGGAAUGUCAACCACUGGAAGGAUGGUGGAUGAUCUCCAUCGAUUGGUCAGGGCUGCAGAUCUAGCCACGCCCUUCAUCCUGGUUGGCUCUGAACUGGGCACGCUCAACGGCAGGUUUUACAGCCACAUUCAUGACACGCAAGUGUCUGACUUGGUGUUGAUCGAUCCGAUCCCAGAAGAUGUCUUUGAAGAGAAGAAGUGGCAGCAGUACUGGUACUCUCACCUGAUUCCAUCCCUGCAGAUGAUGCAGUUCUCCGCAGCCGCAGGUUUGAGUCGUCUGCUUAUUAUCAUGGGUUUGUUGAAGCCUGUCAUUCAAGGAGAAAACAUCCCGGAGGAGCUUGGACAGCGACAGAAAUAUCUGUUAUGUAACCCCGCCCACCAGAGUGCUACAGUCGACGAGCAUUUCUUUCUCAAUGAGAGUGCCGCUCAAGUCAGGGAGAUCUCGAGAUACAAGCCUCUUUCUAGCAAGACAUCUGUGCAUGUGAUCACUGGAGAAUCUUUUGAUGAACAACUGCCUAUAGAUCUCAACCAGGUGGUUGCAGAACUGCAGAGUGAGUUUUUGGAGCGGUCUUAUCCUCGUGCCAAUCGCAUUCAGAUUCGUGGAGCGGAUCGUCACAUGAUCUAUAAAAAUCCAUCCUUAGUAAUUCAGCAUUUAUAUAAGCUUGUGUCACAAAAGCAGUACAAUCAAAAGAAACAAUGAUUGGUUUUGAAAUAUGUGGCCUCAGUUACAGCAACACGGUUUCAUUCAAUAAGAGUUUCACAGCACUGAUGCUCUCUUUGAUGAUGCAAGAGCCUGAAUAAAGUUUGUUCUUUAAUGUUGUUGCUGGAAACAAAAUAGCAUUGCAGUUUGUUUUUGAUGGAUUUGUACAUUUAUGCACAAAUUAUUUAUCUGACUGUUUACAUCAGGAGGCUUUUGAAUUGUAAAUGAAUGUUUUCGAGUGUUGAAUAAAACAUAUCAGUGUCAUAUUUCACAUAAAUCUUAAUAGUCUAAAAUAGAUUUUGUUUACUUUAUGAAAAAUAUUUAUUUUAUACCUGCAACUUCUGGACCAAAGGGUAAGCAGGGGUUUGGAGCAGGUUGUGGGGGGGAGGUAAAUAUUAAUAAUAAAAACAAUACCCUUUAAAUAGGUUUUGAAAUGAUUUAAACACAACAAUGUUAAAGCAACACUAUGUAGUUUCCAUGUAAAAAUGACUUGCAGCUCCCCCAUGUGGUUGAAAGCGCAACAGUGCCUGGUAUCAGACACUCUUCUGCAGGCAGGGGGAGGGGCGGGGCUGUGUUUCCUACCCUCCACCGCCACUUUCAGAGUGUGCUUGUAGCAGCUAGGAGGCUGCUCAGGUUGCAGCAACAGUACAAUUUGUCCAGUUAAAAGUUGUUCUAUCACUGAAAUAAUUUUAGAGACAUUAUUUAAAGGUAAAAAAAAAACUACAUAGUGUUGCUUUAAUAUGUCCAACAUAAAAAUACUGUAU